AUGAUUAAACAUGGCAUUAAAUUGCUUAUGGGGCCAAAUGUUAUGAUUUCGCGAAAUGUUGAAAUUCCUCUUGAUGUUGAACAUCAAAAAUCGCCUCCACAGUCAGAAGUUUUGUUGUGGGCCCGUCUGGAGGGAGAUUGUGAGGACAACAGUUUAUGGGUAGUAGAACCAGCAAAAAUAAAAGGUGAUAUUAUAACAGUUAGAGCCCUUGUCAAACCCUGUAAAAGCAAAAUAGUUCCUGUAAGAGUGCUUAACUUGUCCAGCUAUGAAAAAAUAAUCAAGCCAAACUCCGAACUAGGUGAAUGUGCUUCAGCAGAGGCAGUAGUCAAUUGUGUAGAAAAGCCUGUCAAUAAAUCCAUCAGAGAAUACGAGUUACUAGCGGAUUAUGUGGAAAAAUGGGUAGAAAAACUAGCGUCAGAAAAAAGUAAAGCCAAACAAUUUCUGAAAAGACAUUUAUCUGUAUUUUCUUUAAAUAGUCAAAACCAAAAUAGAACAGCAAUUGUGAAACAUCAAAUAGAUACUGGUGAUGCGAGACCCAUAAAUCAGACUCUCAAAAGUAUUCCUUUUGCUAAACGAAACGAAGUGAAGGAGUUUGUGAACGAAAUGGAGCGGAACGGCGUAAUCGAACCAUCUUCUAGUCCUUGA